AUGUCUUUUUUGCCCAUUCGUGUCUGCGUACUGGUCUGUUCCUACGAAGGAUCGGAUAGUGAACUGAAGGAAUAUGAGGGCGAAAUUGUACAGACACCGCAGCAUUACUUUACGGAGGAGGAUUCGAAGGAAUUUGUUUUUACUCUUGAAUUUGUGAAGAAGGCGACUGCAUACCGUCAAAUACGUCAGUUAGUGAAGUCUGGGGCCUUUGAUGUCUUUUACAACCAGUGCGAUGGGGCCAUUGAUGAGGAUAAGGCCGGUGUGGAAGUGGUGCAGGCACUUGAGAGCUUUAAAGUUCCGUUCACCGGGGCUAUCUCCAAAUACUAUGAGUUGUCUAAACCGGAAAUGAAGCGAAUGGCACACUACUGCGCUGUAAAAACAGCCCCAUAUGCCGUUUUGGAGGCCGGUGAUAAUGUGCGGGAGUUGUGCGCCGCCCUGCAUUUCCCGUUGAUUGUUAAGCACAUCUCUGGCUACAGCAGCGUGGGGAUGGACAAGUCUUGCAAGGUGUAUGACAUGGAUGCGUUGAAGGAACGGGUGGCUCGCUUUAUUGAUCAGUACCAGAGUGCUCUUGUGGAGGAGUUUAUUUCCGGCGAUGAGGCGACCGUGUUGGUGUGCGCUGACGCCUCACAACCUGGUGGAAUUCGUGUGUUUCCACCAGUUAUGGUGCAAUUUCCGGAAGGUGAGGACUUCAAACACUUCCAUCUUAAAUGGGAAACAUAUGAGGGAAUGAUCUGGCGUCUUGUCUCUGAGGACGAUCCCGCGUUGCCGGAUAUAAUUCACAUUGCGAGAACCGCAUUUCUUCACAUGAUGGGGGGUGUGGGGUACGGCCGCGUGGAUGUUCGUAUUGAUCGUGAAAAGAACACGGUUGUUUUUCUUGAAAUCAAUCCUAACUGUGGCAUCAUGUAUCCAUAUGGACAAGAGGGCUCGGCGGAUUGGAUCUUGCGUCUUACGCCGGAGUUUAAACAAAAGGAAUUUGCAAAACUCCAAAUAAGUGAAGCCAUUCGAAUACAUAAGUGCAAGCAGCCGCUCUUUCGAUGUGCCUAUGAUCCGGUACGGGAGUAUUACAUUUGUGCCACAAGGGAUAUACCCGCAGGCAGCAUUAUUUUUGAGGGCGAGGGCCGGUUGGUACGUUUAUGCACUAAACCGUACGUAAAGGCAAAUUGGAGCGAGGUGGAGUACAAUGAAUUUCUCCAUGAUGCCUGGCCCGUGGGUGCGGAGGGUCAUUACUAUGCCCUGUGGGAUCUUGAAUCGUCGGAUUGGCGUGCGGUGAAUCAUUCCUGUGAUCCAAAUAUGGGGUUUUGUCCGAAUCGCUCACUUAAUGUUCAUGCUUUACGUGAUAUCGCGAAGGGUGAAGAACUCACGAUGGAUUGUCGCCUUUUCAUGGAUGACACAAUGCCACCCUUUCAGUGUCACUGCAAGACAUCUAUUUGUGCAGGAUGGAUCCGAGGGGGUGUGAUGAGAGAAAGUCAUUUCUUUGAAUCUUACACGGAGAGGUUGAUCCACCGGGAGGACAAAUUUAUUACACAACUGACGAGGAAUUGA